ACCAAUAAAUGUAUAUUUUUCAGGUAAGAAAGCUGGAUGGAUUCAGCACUGGCAUAUAGCAUGGUUUCUGUCAUAAACACAUUUCCACCUAUCUGCAGUGUAAAUGGUCUUGAAACAUCUCAGGAAUUAGGACCUCCCAGUCCUGACCAGUGGUCCUGCGGACAGGAGCUGGCAAAUAUUUCCCAUAGUUUUUUUUGGAAUUAUUACUUUACUAAAAUGGGAAAUUAAACACCGUAAUGUUUAAAUUAUACUAAUACAAACAAAUGAAAGAACAGUAGAUGAAACUGAUUAUGAUGCUUCUGGACUCAAUUAAAUAGUUUGAGUAUUGUUAACAUUAGGGAAUUACCGGGCUAAUUGUGUUAAUCAAAAAUAAAAAUCCUCUGGACUUUUUUGGAAACCAGAAAGACAUACGUACAAAUGAAUGCAUAGAAUAAAAAGUACAUUAUAGGUGCACAAAUGUAAGUAUUUCUAAAAGUUCUCUCUUUUACAUCCUGCGUUUUCCUCUUUAAGGACCACAUAUUAAAGAGAAAACACUGUUUUCUUACUUUUCUUCAAGUCACAUAAACUUCACAAAGCGAAGUUCACAAACUGUUACCUUUAAUCCUCUGUUGUGAAGUGUAGUUAACUUUUUAAAAUCAAAAUAAAUACUCUACGAGCUGUUGUAAGUUCAUAAAUUUUACAUUUGCAACUUUCAAACGCUUUUAUAUUUAUUUUGAAGCGUUCACCGGAAGUGUUCGCCAUCGAUAAUCUGCCCGCUUCACAGCGGUGGUUCCCUCUUUUCCAUCCACGUUUUCGGUAUCUUACCCACCCCGCCCAUCAGAAGGGAAUGGAUAGCUUUGGAAAGUAACCUACAGUGAAACCCCUCACACCCCUAUCUGUAAACAUAUUGAGUAUGCCAUGGAUCCAAAGCAUUGUGGUUGCUGUUGCCAAAGAAAACAUGGACCUGAUGACGGACAUCAUCCAGCGGUUUAAGCACAGAAAGGUUCGUGCGGUGCCAGGAGGCUCGACGCGUCACAGGUCGAUAUGUAAUGGAGUCCUGGCUCUGGGUGAGGAGGAGAGGCCAGCAGUGGGCAGACCGAAGGUUGUCAUCAUACAUGAUGCUGUUCGGCCUUUUGUGGAGGAGGAUUUUCUGUACAAGAUAGCAAUGGCUGCCAAGGAACAAGGGGCAGCGGGAGCUAUCCGACCUCUUGUUUCCACAGUAAUCGCCACCACAUCCGAGGGCUACCUAGACCACUCUUUGGAGAGAGCCAAGUACAGAGCCAGCGAGAUGCCUCAAGGAUUUACAUAUGAUGUCAUCUCUCAGGCCUAUCAGAGG